AUGUCCGCACCUGCCACCCCCGCCAGCUCUACCGUUGCUGUCGCCGGCUCUGCCCCCGGCACCGGCACCUGGCGCCAUCCCCAGUUCGAGGAGAUUACCAGACGCCAGAAUGCGAGCGCCUUUGGAGAGGAUCAGGCCAAGAGCCUCUUCUCGACCGCCUGCCUCCUCUUCCUGACCUUCGCCGUCACCGCUUUCACACCCGCCUGGUUCGCCGAAGCCGCCAUCGCCGACGUCCCCUUCCUGAGCAUCCGAUACAUCAUCUGGAUUGUCCGCGCCGUCCUCGCGGUCAACGGCUCCGUCACGCUCCUGCCUUUGUUCCGCACCAGGGACGAGGUCGCCGACAUCCCGCUGAGCGCCUCGCAGCGCGCCCUGCUCGGCCUGGACCCGAGGAUGCACACGCCCGGCGGCUCCAUCGUGACCCCGCCGCGCUACGCCCGCUCUGCCACCCCGCGCAGUGGUGACAGGCAGCUGCAGGCCGGAUCUCCGACGUCCGGCAGCCCGUUCAGCUCCAGCUACGGCUUCCGCGAGUCCGCUUCGAGCCCCUACAGCCCCAUUACGAGUCCCUUGCUGCAGAAGGCCAUCAGUGGGAGGAGGAGGAACAGCCUCUCGGCCUCGCAGUCUACUGCUACCAGUGGAUACGAGCUAUAUGAGAGUCUGGGCAAGGAGACGAGCCAUGAUGCGUCCAUCGCGAUUCCUGGCACGCCCACUCCUCUGGGCGGUGGCAAGGGCCCUUCGGUUGCUCUGACGAGCCGCUGGCUGUACGAGAGGAACCGGAGAAGCUCGGGCCACGGAAGUCCUGGAAGAGUGUACGGGUGA